AUAGAAUUGAAUUAUUCUAACCAGAUAUAAAUUUCGUAAAUGUUCCUUUCUAGAUAUUAUCUCUUUUUCGUUGUACUUCAUGUUCGAAUGCCAUGAUAUUCUUCCGGUUAAUGGCGCGGUGUGUUUUGUUGUAGGAGGAAAAAUACAAUGAAGUUCAACAAAUUAGUAUCUUCCUCACGAAGGAAAAAUCGUAAACGUCAUUUCACCGCCCCUUCUCAUAUACGUAGAAGGUUAAUGUCUGCACCUCUUUCAAAAGAGUUAAGACAAAAAUACAACGUACGAUCCAUGCCUAUACGCAAGGAUGAUGAAGUACAGGUUGUUCGUGGACAUUACAAAGGCCAACAAGUUGGUAAAGUUGUGCAAGUAUAUAGAAAGAAGUUCGUUAUAUAUAUAGAAAGAAUUCAAAGGGAAAAAGCUAACACUGCAAACGUAUAUGUUGGUAUUGAUCCUUCAAAGACUGUAAUUGUAAAACUUAAAAUGGACAAAGAUAGGAAGAAAAUAAUAGACAGACGAGGUAAAGGCAGACUUGCUGCCUUGGGUAAAGAUAAAGGGAAAUACCCAGAAGAUACCACGGCUGCCAUGGAAUCUUCAUAAAUACUGAAAACAUAUAUUGUAUUUGGUACAAUAAAAUAUUACACUUAUAUAAAA